AUGUACGUUGUGAUCGUCACUUCGGCCUUUAUGGGGCUGGCGGUUUUGACUGUCGCCCUCCGGCUAUACACUCGGGUCUACGUGGUGAAGGCUCCUGGACUAGAUGAUUUGAUUAUAAUAGCUGCAUUGCUCGUCGACCUAGCAUUCUUCGCCUUUAUAAUUCUUGAACGAGAAUAUGGCAUUGGCGUCCCCGUGUCAGAACUAUCGGAAGAUGAGAUUCAACGCCAACUAUUUUGGUUAUGGCUUUCUGUCCCUUUUUACAACAUGACUAUGAUCCUAGCCAAGUUCUCAGCCCUGACUCUCUUCACCCGUCUCUUCCGUCCCCGUCCCUUCCGCUUGGCUACCUACAUCAUAAUGGGCUUUCUCACUAUCAUAGGCCUAUGGACGACCCUAAGUGGCUUUUUCUUCUGCGUCCCUAUCCACGCCUUCUGGAGUCCGUCUGCAGAGGUCCGCGAGACGAAAUGUCUACCCUCCGGCCCUGUGUGGUUUACCAAUGCGGCACUCCAGACGAUUACCGACAUAGUGAUAUUGAUUUUGCCCAUGCCGCUGUUAUGGAAGCUACAACUACCGAGUAGACAAAAAUGGGGAAUAAUUGUGGUUUUCAGUCUUGGGAUCAUUAUUGUUGCCACCAGUUCCGCUCGCAUGUAUCCAUUGAGCGUCAUGGUUGCCGGAGGAGACUUUACCUAUGCAAAUGCCCAAGCAGCCCUCUGGUCCUUCCUCGAAGCAAACGUAUCCAUCAUCUGCGUCUGUCUGCCACCUCUCCAUCCACUCCUCUCCCGCCUGUUCUCAUUCUUCUUCCUCCCUCGACCGAUACCCUCCCGGCCCUCAAAGGUUCAUUCCAAUAGAACCCAGAUGAGCGAGCCUCUCCACCGGGAUGGUAGUAUCUGGUGUAAUGAACUCUUCAGUCCCGGGCCAGCGAGUUACUCUGCUAGUAUUUCCAAGGUCGAUACGAAUGAAGAUGAGCAUGAGAACGAGGAGGGGAUUCGGGUUAAACGAGAGUUAAGGAUGCAGUCUGAUACCCUUACCCCUGUUGUCAGGGCUCAUUCUGCGAAAAGUCUUCGUUUCGACAUUGAGAUGGGGGAGGGGGUAACGAGGAGUAGGACUGCGCAUGCGAAGCCAUGCUCGAAUCCUAGUGUCGAGAGGGAUUUCGGUGAUUUUGGGGACUUCGAGUUCCCGGACUAUAAGGAGAGGAUGAAUGCUCCUAUUUGA